AUGUCAUACGGCGACCCCACACAAGGCUACCCAUGGGCACUGCCCUCCUCCCAAGCGCUCCCGCUCCUCUAUCACGCCUACAGACGUGGCAUAAACACCUGGGAUACCGCCGAUGUCUACAGCCAAGGGACGUCGGAAUUGCUAAUCGCGCGUGCGAUAAAAGACUACGCGAUUCCGCGCUCUAGACUAGUGUUGCUAACGAAGCUGUAUUUCGGUGUGGACCCCGAGGUGGUGAAGUCUGGAGAGACUGAUUUCGCGAUGGCGAUGCGGAAUGAUGGACAUAUGGUGAAUCGGGUGGGGUUGAGUAGGAAGCAUAUCUUUGAUGCUGUGGAGGCGAGUGUGGAGAGAUUGGGAACGUAUAUCGAUGUUUUGCAGAUUCAUCGAUUGGACUCAGAGACGCCAGCUGAAGAGGUCAUGCGGGCGCUUAAUGAUGUGGUAGAGAGUGGGAAGGUGAGAUAUAUCGGGGCCAGUUCGGUGAGUGGGUUACUUGGAAACGUUGAUCUUGCUAUACUGAUGUGGGUAUCGCAGAUGGCAGCCUGGCAGCUGCAGAUGCUGAACAACGUUGCUGAGAAGCACGGUUGGCAUAGGUUCAUCAGGUACGUUGUCCAACACAUCGAGCGAUGCGAACGACGCCAUACUAACACAGAGAUCUGCAGCAUGCAGAAUUACCACAACCUCAUCUAUCGUGAAGAAGAGCGCGAAAUGCAUCCGUACUGCGACUACGCAGGCAUCGGUCUGAUUCCGUGGUCUCCCCUAGCUACCGGUAUUCUGGCACGCCCUUGGUCAGAAAUGGGCGCGACGAAGCGCGCUCAGUUGAGCCAGGAUCUUCUGGCAUGGAUGUACAGCGAUGCGGACAAAGUCAUCGUGGACCGCGUAGAGGAGGUAAGCAAGCAGCUUGGGCAGAGCAUGGCAAGCGUGGCCAUUGCAUGGAGCCUGCAGAAGGGCGUGAAUCCGAUUCUGGGACUCAACUCGAUUGAAAGGAUUGAUGAGGCUGUGGGUGCAGUAGAUCUACAUUUGAGUAAGGAGACUGUGGCUGCGCUGGAGGAGCCGUAUAAGACCAGGCCUGUUGCGCCCAUGUGGUGA